CCAUGGACCCCCUGACUGCAGCCAACACGGCCUUCGCACUGGACCUGUUCAGAGCCCUGAGCCAAGAGCGCUCAACAGCCAACCUGUUCUUCUCGCCCUUCAGCGUGUCCUCGGCCUUGGCCAUGGUCUUCCUGGGCACGCGUGGCAGCACUGAGGCACAGCUGGCAAAGACUCUUCAUUUCGACACAGUGAAGGAGAUUCAUCCGAGAUUCCAGAGCCUGAACUCUGAUAUCAAUAAGCAUGGUGCUUCCCACAUCCUGAAGGUCGCCAACAGGCUAUAUGGGGAGAAGACCUACAAGUUUCUUCCUGAGUUCUUAGAUUCAACUCAAAAAAUAUACGGUGCUGAGCUGGCCAGCGUGGACUUUCAGCAUGCAUCCAAAGAAGCCAGAAAGGCUAUCAAUGAGUGGGUCAAAGAACAGACAGAAGGAAAAAUCACGAAAAUGUUGGCCAAAGGGGUGGUGGAUAGCAUGACCAAACUGGUUCUGGUGAAUGCCAUCUACUUCAAAGGGAAGUGGCAGGAGGAAUUCUCCAAAGAGGACACACAGAAAGCUACAUUCAGGCUGAACAAGAAAGACACCAAGAAGGUGAAGAUGAUGUAUCAGAAGAACAAAUUCCCCCUGGGCUACAUCGAGGACCUCAGGUGCCAAGUGUUGGAGCUUCCCUACCAGGGCGAGGAGCUCAGCAUGGUCAUCCUGCUGCCCAACGACAUUGAGGAUGGGACUACAGGCCUGCAGAAGAUCGAGAAGCAGAUGACUUUGGAGAAACUGAGCGAGUGGACGAACGCAGAGAACAUGUCAGUCGUGGAGGUCAGAGUCUACCUGCCCAGGUUCAAGCUGGAGGAGAAUUACAGCCUCAAAUCUCACCUUGCCCAUCUGGGCCUGACCCAGCUCUUUGAUCCCAGCCAGGCUGACUUGUCUGGCAUGUCUGGGGCCAGAGAUCUUUUCGUUUCCAAAAUUAUACACAAGUCCUUUGUGGAGGUGAAUGAGGAGGGCACGGAAGCAACAGCAGCUGCCACAGCAAUCAUUUACGCCAAGUGCAGGAAGCUAGUGAAAGUGUUCAAUUGUGACCACCCUUUCCUCUUCCUCAUCCGUCACAAUGCUUCCAGCACCAUCCUCUUUCUGGGUAGGUUUACUUCCCCAUAG